AUUAUUAGAUUAAUUUAUUACGAGUUUAAUUCUGAUAAAUGAUGGAUGGAGAAGGUGAAUUAAAUAAAGCUUCUGUAGAAGAGAAACAGAUGAGUUCAGUUCAGAGGAGAUCAGAGAGCCGCCGCCGCAAAUUAUUACUGACCUCAGACCAGAGAUUAAAUAAAAUCUUACAUUCUAAUCAACAAUCUGAUCUCAGUGAGAGUCGGCGGGUGACUGAGCCAAGGUUCCACCUUGAUCUGGACCAGACUGAGGGUGUCUCCUCCUCUGUCACUUCCAAACGUCACUCCCCGUUCAUCCCAGAGGUGCGGGGGGAGGGAUUGGGGGGUUCUUUGUUGGAUGACAGGAGGAAGGAGGAGGAGGACGAGCGAGGAGUUCGGAUUAGACCGAGAGGUGAAACAUCUAGUGAGGAACGAUCUCGCUCUCCUCAAAGGGGCAUCAAUACCUACUUGUCUCGCUUUGAUGAUGCCAUCAAGCUACGAGGACAGCUGGCCAAUGAGAAAGCGGUUCAGGAGAGCGGGGGAGGAGAAGAAGAGUUUGAUUCCUUUCGGUGGUUUCGGCUGGUGGGCAGCGCAGUGUUAGCUGUGUUUGUUCGACUGUUCGUCUGUCACUACCUGUCCAUAUUUGCUCCGUUUCUCACGCUGGAACUCGCUUACAUGGGAUUAUAUCAAUAUUUUCCAAAGGUGGAGAGGAAGAUGAAGACGACGGUUUUGUCGGCGGCGCUGCUGCUGUCGGGAAUCCCGGCCGAGGUGAUCAAUCGCUCAGCUGAGACCUACAGAAAGAUGGGCGACGUUUUCUCUGAUCUCUGUGUUUAUUUCUUCACCUUCAUCACCUGUCAUGAGCUUCUUCUGCUCUUCUCUUCAUCUGACUCCACCUGAUCCAAACACACCUCACACACUCCCGACCUGUCAGCAGGGUUCACUUACUUAUUCUACUCUGUGUUCCUGUAUUAACUUGUACUAUAACUGUCUGUGUUUUCUUCAUUCACUGAAUCAGCUCGUUAGUGUUAAUUAAAAGAAAUGUUUAA